UCCUGUCUCUCUCUGCCAGUGACGCCUGAACUCGGUCUGGGAGCAGAUUCUAGAUUCUAAGUUUUUCCUCUCCAGGCUGUAAUGCUCUUGUGUUUGCUCAGCCUCUGUUCGCAUAAGCCGCAGGCAGAUCUGCCGUGUAUAUGGGGCUCGUCUUUUCGUACUCGGAAAAUGCGUUAACUCUUGAAGCUGGAUCGAUAUAUUAUGAGCGUCUGCUUGGAUCAUUAGUAUUGGAUCUUCUGUCUCCGCUGAUGCAGCCUCGCAGGUUGUGAUUAAGAAGAUCACCAGGAAACGGACUGCCGGCUGCAGUAGUUCAGUCUCUUUUCACUGGGGAGCCCGACCUUCUGACUGUGGCAAUGAAGUACAGAGCAGCGGCUCCGGCUAUUGACGGUAUCCGGAUAACCAUGGAGAGUGCCUUAACAGCCCGUGAUCGGGUUGGUGUCCAGGACUUCGUCCUGUUGGAGAACUAUACAAGUGAAGCCGCCUUCAUAGAAAACCUGAGGAAACGGUUCAAGGAGAAUCUCAUAUAUACUUAUAUUGGAUCUGUCUUGGUGUCUGUUAACCCUUACAAGGAGCUGGAGAUUUACAGUAAGCAGCACAUGGAAAGAUAUCGUGGGGUCAGUUUCUAUGAAGUCUCUCCUCACAUCUAUGCUAUAGCCGACAACUCUUACCGCUCCCUGCGAACAGAAAGAAAAGACCAGUGUAUUCUUAUAUCUGGCGAGAGUGGGGCAGGAAAGACGGAGGCUAGUAAGAAGAUCCUCCAGUACUAUGCUGUGACCUGCCCUGCCAGCGAGCAAGUGGAAACUGUGAAAGACCGCCUGCUGCAGUCCAAUCCUGUUCUUGAGGCCUUUGGAAAUGCAAAAACCUUACGAAAUGACAAUUCCAGCCGUUUUGGCAAAUACAUGGAUGUGCAGUUCGAUUAUAAGGGAGCUCCAGUUGGGGGACACAUCCUGAACUAUCUCCUGGAAAAAUCACGUGUGGUGCAUCAGAACCAUGGAGAGAGAAAUUUCCAUAUAUUUUAUCAGCUCCUCGAGGGCGGGGAAGAGGAUCUUCUGCGUAGGCUGGGCUUAGACAGAAGUGCACAAAACUACCAAUACCUUAUCAAGGGUCAGUGUGCCAGGGUUAGCUCAAUCAAUGAUAAAAAUGAAUGGAAGAUUGUUCGAAAAGCUUUGUCAGUGAUCAACUUCAAUGACGAUGACGUGGAGGAAUUGUUGAGCAUUGUAGCCAGCGUCUUGCACUUGGGAAAUGUGCAGUUUGCCUCAGAUGAACAAGGAAAUGUCCAGGUUACAACUGAAAACCAGAUUAAAUAUCUUGCCAGGCUUCUGUCUGUAGAUAGUACCGUACUACGGGAAUCUCUUAUUCACAAAAAGAUCAUUGCAAAAGGAGAAGAGCUGAAUAGUCCUUUGAAUCUGGAGCAAGCUGCUUAUGCCCGAGAUGCCUUGGCUAAAGCAAUUUAUGGGCGCACCUUUUCAUGGCUUGUCAGCAAGAUUAACAAAUCGCUAGCCUAUAAGGGUUCAGACAUGUACAGUCUGGGGAAUGCAUCAGUCUUAGGACUUCUGGACAUAUAUGGUUUUGAAGUCUUUCAACAUAACAGCUUUGAACAGUUUUGCAUAAAUUACUGCAAUGAGAAGCUUCAGCAGUUGUUUAUUGAGCUGACACUAAAGUCUGAACAGGAAGAGUAUGAAUCUGAGGGGAUUGCGUGGGAGCCUGUGCAGUAUUUCAAUAACAAAAUAAUCUGUGAUCUGGUUGAAGAGAAGUUCAAAGGCAUCAUUUCCAUCUUGGAUGAAGAAUGUCUGCGUCCCGGAGAAGCCACAGAUACGACAUUCCUAGAGAAGCUGGAAGAGACUGUGAAAAACCACCCACACUUUGUUACACACAAACUUGGAGACCAGAAAACUAGAAAAUGUCUUGGAAGAGAUGAGUUCCGCCUGCUCCACUAUGCAGGAGAAGUGAAUUACAGUGUAGUAGGAUUUCUGGAUAAAAACAAUGAUCUGCUGUUUAGAAAUCUGAAAGAGGUUAUGUGUGACUCUGGAAAUCCAAUAGCUCAUCAAUGCUUUGACAGAUCCGAGCUGACUGACAAGAAGAGGCCAGAGACGGCAGCAACUCAGUUUAAAAACAGUUUAUCAAAACUGAUGGAAAUUCUUAUGUCUAAGCAUCCUUCUUAUGUGCGCUGCAUAAAGCCAAAUGAUGCCAAACAAGCAGCGCGCUUUGAUGAGGUUCUCAUUAGACACCAGGUGAAAUAUUUGGGGCUUAUUGAGAAUGUGAGAGUACGUCGUGCUGGAUUUGCAUACAGGCGAAAAUAUGAAAUCUUCUUACAGAGGUACAAAUCCCUUUGCCCUGAAACCUGGCCAAAUUGGGACGGACGCGCAAUGGAUGGAGUGGCAGUUCUUGUCAAGAGCCUUGGGUAUAAACCAGAGGAGUAUAAAAUGGGCAGGACGAAAAUUUUUAUUCGUUUCCCAAAAACCCUGUUUGCCACGGAGGAUGCCUUAGAAGUGAGGAAGCAAGGCAUAGCAACCUUCCUCCAGGCUAGAUGGAAAGGAUUCCAUCAGCGACAAAAAUUCCUACACAUGAAGCAUUCUGCCAUACAAAUCCAGUCCUGGUGGCGAGGCACAGUGGGCCGCCGAAAGGCUGCCAAAAGGAAAUCGGCUGUGGAGGUUAUUCGAAGAUUCAUCAAAGGCUUCAUUUACCGCAAUCAGCCUCGCUGCCCAGAGAAUGAAUAUUUCCUGGAUUAUCUGCGUUACUCAUUCCUGAUGAACCUUCAUCGCAACGUACCAAAAAGCGUGUUAGAUAAGGCUUGGCCUGUCCCACCCCCAUCCCUUCGAGAGGCUUCUGAGCUCCUCAGAGAGAUGUGCAUGAAGAACAUGGUGUGGAAGUAUUGUAGACGAAUCAGCCCUGAGUGGAAACAACAGCUUGAACAGAAAGUUGUCGCAAGUGAAAUAUUCAAGGACAAAAAAGACAAUUAUCCGCAGAGCGUUCCAAGACUCUUCAUAAACACUCGACUUGGCAAUGAUGAGAUCAACACUAAAAUACUUCAACAAUUAGAAAACCAGGCAUUAACGUAUGCAGUGCCUGUGGUCAAGUAUGACCGAAAGGGAUACAAGCCACGGAGGAGACAACUUCUGCUCGCUCAGAAUGCUGCUUACCUUGUGGAAGAAGCUAAACUAAAGCAGAGGAUUGAUUAUGCCAAUUUGACAGGAAUCUCUGUCAGCAGUCUCAGUGAUAACCUCUUUGUCCUCCAUGUAAAAUGUGAAGACAACAAACAAAAGGGAGAUGUGGUGCUGCAGAGCGAUCACGUGAUUGAGACACUGACGAAACUUGCCAUAGUAGCUGAGAAAUUCAACAAUAUCAACAUUAAUCAGGGCAGCAUCAAGUUUACUGUGGGUCAGGGUAAAGAAGGCAUCAUCGACUUUACACCAGGCUCAGAACUGCUGAUAGCUAAAGCCAAAAACGGACACUUGUCUGUGGUUGCGCCACGGCUGAAUUCCCGAUGAUGAAAAUUUGCAAUUCAGUAGGAAUCUGGACUACAACCGAACUGACAGUUUCACCUUCACCCAUUUCCCCCACUUGUUGAACAAUGCCUGCUUUUUAUAUUUGAUAGUUACCAAAGACCUGCGCUGCUUAAAAUAAGGAAAGAAAUCAUUUUAUAUAUUUGUGAAAGUCAAAUAUUUUAUUUUUUAACUUGCUUUUGCACAGUUGCACCCCGCCCCCGCUCCUAUGGUAUAUUUAUGCAUUUUCUGCAGUAGGCAUAUUGGGAUUUUGCCACUAAGGUGGUGGGCUCUAGCCUCUGUACACGUCUGAGUGGGAGGAGGAUGAUAGAAUAUUAUUAGUCUCUUACUCUAAUGCCAGAGAGGCCUUUUCCACUUUGCAGACAUACCAGGCUAUGGUUCAAACACAGACUUCAUAAAGUAAAAUGGAAGUCUGCACUAAGUAAAUGGAAACUUAUUUAUGCAAUCUUAAUUUCAGGUAUUGAGGUAUAUUAAGCAGAUUUUAUAGCUUUUAUUCUACUAAAAGAUAUAUUGUGCAACAUUUCUCAGAAAAGCCUUACAAUGCCUUUGUGUUGUAAGAGAAAUCCAAAGCCAUAUGUAAAUGAGUGGACAAACCCUCGUCACUGUCUUUUAGAGGUGACGUCCAUUGCAAGAGUUAAUGUUUUGUAAAUGUAAGAAAUACUAAAAUGUGCAAUAUAUAUAUAUUGUGUAGGGCACCUUAACUAACUGUUAUUACAUGGAGAAAUCCUAAUUCGCUCACACUCGUUACUCUUUCACCAGUUGUCUUCUCAUAUCUGCAAUUCAACUUUAUAGACUUAAAGGCUUCACAGAUGCUGAAUUUAGGGUGGAUUCAGGUCACGUUUUUCCCAUCCUUUUAACGUAUACAAAAAACGUAUACGUUAAACGGAUGCUGCAGACAGUGGCAUCUGUUCAACAUAGAGUUCCAUUGUAGUAAAAAAAAAAAAAAAGUAUACAUUGUUUUUUUCUGGACUGUGCAGGAUACAAGUACGUGGUGUGCUGCGUUUUUGUAUCCUUUUUCUUUUUUCUUUUGUAACGUAUACGUGAAACGGAGGCAUAAAACGUGAUGUAAACCCACCCUUACUGCAUAAUUUAUUCUAGACUGCCUAUUCCAGAGAGGUCUGUAUGUUAACAUGGUAUAGUUCUCUCCCCAUUCACAAAGAUCCAUAUAUUUAAUAGGAAGUAGUGGAAUUGUCUGCUGGAGGCAUGUUUAUGUGCACACCAAAGGAAAGGGAAGUGAAAUAGGAGUGCAGCUACAUUAUAUGUGCACCAUUUUCAUGCGUAGACCUCUUAUAGGCGACCUGUCCAGAAUCCUGACAUGUCAGAUAUCUUAAAUCCUUGUAUUCCCCACGACAGCACAAUCCUGGAGUGUCCUGUGUUAUGCUGACCCUCUGUUAGUCCUUCUGGAAAUUUAUGCCUACAUGGCCAAUUUGUGUCAACUUUCUCGUUCUCAGUAGGGACUGUCCUACACAGUCUGAUACUGUUAGUAUUCACAGUUCCAUUUUUUAGGGUGCAUUCACAUGUUUUUAUUGGCAUUUUCCAGCAUGUCUCCACCUCCUUCUCUAUACAGAAAAAAAUGCUUGAAAAAAAAGCCAUAAAAAUGCAUGAGGUAUGGAAAAAACCUCAAGUGGCUGUUAUGGUGUUUUUUCUAGCAGUCAAAAACCAAGACAUGUUUGAAAGCUCUUAAGGUGGGUUCACACACAGGUUUUUGCUGGCUUUUUUUUUUCUGUACUUGUUUUUACUGCCAAAAAAAAAGUUAGCUGAAGGUUUAUAGGAAAUAAGAAAUGUGGACACACAAGCUUUUUAUUUUUGGGGGUUCUUUUAAAAAAUGCAGCAUGUUGUAGCAGGUUUUGUUUUGUUUUUCCUGAUAUUUUACGACGAAAAAACACCAUUAGGAAAAUGCUAGUAGACCCACACACACAGUUUCUCCUUCCUGUUGGAUCCACUUCUGUCUGUGACUGAAAAAAAAAAAAAGACGCCUAAAACUGUAAGUCUUUCCAUCACCCCCUGUUGGCGAGGGGAAUGGUAACGCAGAGGUAUUCAUACAUUUCCAAGCAGUAGAACAGAGAAACAGCCCAGUGCAGCGCUCCAGAAUUAUUUCAUGGGGAGUACAAAAUAUUUUCUAAAAGGGACUUGUCAGGACUGCUGCCAGAUCCUCCUUAAAUUUAAACAGCACUCAAGGUCUUAAGAGUUGAUCAAUGGACUAAAGUAUGUGUAUUGGUAUCUUUACUUGAACAGACCAAGUCAUAACAUUUGUCUACGUGUAGUUGUACAAAAGCUGUCAUGAGUAGCCAUGCUUCACCACUGAUGUUUGACCAACAGGAUUUUUUUUUUUUAUACGGUUUGUGUUAGCUUUGGUAUUCAUUGUAUAUUUUGUUUAGCCUCAUGAUGAGAUGUUAUUAAGCUUGUGAACUAAAGUCUCAUACCAUACACUGCCAUGUCAAUUGAAAGAGAACCAGGACUUCAGAACAUUGCAAUGCUACAGAGACAUUUAUUAUUCAGUUCUUUGUUUUUAACUUGUUACUCAUCUGUUGCUUUUUAACCGAAUGUUGACACACUACAGAUUGGUGGUGCCAUCUUCUUAUCUUCACAUUUCAGAUACUGUGACUUAAAGUAUAUCCUUCACCUUUAUACAGCCGAGGCCUCCAGAUUUAGAACAUCUAACCUCUUCAUCAUAUCAAUUGCUUCAGCUUUGAGACAAAAAGCAGAUGUCCAUAAUGACGUGCGAAUUAGAGAAUUGCUUUUCAUUCAGCAUAAAAAGCCGACUUCCUUAUGUGCAGGCAAUAGAUAUGUUUAAGUAGAAUGGUUACCACCAUACUGUUCUUACUUCUGAAUAGGUGUAAGAGAAAAUGCUUUAACGCCAGUGAUUGCAUUUGUGCCUUUCCACCAAUAAAUCUGCAGUUAAUA